AUGGCCGCUUUGCCGGGGACCGAUCACUUUCUACAACCUUUCUUACAGCACCGCAUAGCCAGCUCCUCUCCUGAGAACGAGCCCCAUCCCCUAUCCUCCUUCCUGGCCAGAACCUGUGGCCAAGCCCAUCUGGGAGGCAGUGGAGUGGGGCAGGAGCGGCAACACCAUCCUUAUGAGGGGACCAUGAACUCCGUGACUGGGAUGCUCCAGCUGUGGGGAGGGGAUGUGGUCCAGAGCUCUAGUCUUGGGGUCCAACAGGUGGCAACUCUGACAGUGCCAAAAGUAUCUUUUCCUGGCCACAUCCAGAGUGGACUGGGCCCUCACCCCCACCACCACCACCACCUCCACGAGCUGCCUCUCACCCCUCCGGCUGAGCCCUCCUCCAUCCCGACUGCCUACGCCUUUGAUCUCUCUCCAGGAAAGAUGCUCGCUCCUCAGGUCCAGGGUAGCUCUCAGACCCCAUACUUCCACCCCCAGAACAAUAUUAUUGGGCAGAACUUUCCUAACUUCCUCCAAGUUUCCACAACAAGACACCCCUACCACUCUGGUGGGUAUACAGAGGAAGGUCAGCAAUGGUGGAGCCUGCCGCAGACCACCAGCAGCCCCCAUGGCCAUCACCAACCUCACAGCCACCCCCACCAUCACCACCCUCACCCCUUUGCCCUGGGCAGACAGCUGGUGUUGGGGCACCAGCCUCAGAUCGCGGCCCUACUCCAGGGCUCAUCCAAGGGCUUGCUGGGCUCCACACGUCGCUGCAGGCGCUGCAAGUGCCCCAACUGCCAGUCCACUUCUGGGGGUACAGGGGCUCCAGCAAACCCAGAAGAACCAGGCCGUAGGAGGCUCCACAUCUGCCACCUGCCCGAGUGUGGCAAGGUGUAUAAGAAGACGUCCCACCUGAAGGCCCACCUGCGCUGGCAUGCUGGGGAGCGGCCCUUCCUCUGCAGCUGGCUCUUCUGCGGGAAGAACUUCACACGCUCGGACGAGCUGCAGAGGCAUCUGCGCACACACACGGGGGAGAAGCGCUUCAGCUGUCAGGCAUGUGGGAAGAGGUUCAUGCGGAGCGACCACCUAGCAAAACAUGAGAAGACCCACCAGGGUAAGAGGGGACAGCCAGAGUCAAGGGAUAGUCAGGGCCCCCAGCAGGAGGCUCCACAGCGACCGGGUGGUAGCAGAGGACCAGACAGGAACAUCAAGAAGGAGUAGAGAAAAGACCAAGAGAGGUAAGC